GGGGGAACGGUCAAUCACUGCAGGAAGGCCUCGCAGUGCAUCCCGGGACCUCCGCUCAGGCGCGGGAUCUUAGUCCCACCGGCCCUCGAGGCUUCUGGCCCUUGGGCCUGGGGGCUGAGCCAUUGGAGUACCGAUGAGAAAGUGACGCAGAGCUGGAGGAAGAAGAGGAGGAAAUGGCAGCUUCUCAGAGCCUUCUGACAGUCAAGGAUGUGGCCAUCGAUUUCUUUCCAGAGGAGUGGGAAUGUCUGGACCUCGGUCAACGGGACUUGUACAGAGAUGUGAUGAUAGAGAUCUAUAGGCACCUGGUCUCCUUGGAGUAUGUUAUCUCUAUGCCAGACCUGGUUCGCCUGUUAGAGCAAAAGAAAGAUCCCUGGGAUGUGAAGGGAAUGGAGACAGUAGCCAUACAGCCAGCUCUGUCUUCUCAUGACACCCAGGGUUUGAUGCCACAUAAGCCAGGCAUGGAACAUUUCUUGCAAACAAUGCUGCUGGGAAAAUAUGAAAGCUCUCCUGUUGGCACUUUUGAUGUAAUUAUAGGCAGCGAAGGUAAGGGGGCGUGUGAAGGGCAGGAAGGUUGUUAUGAUGCACAUGCUCCUACUGGGACUUUUAUCCACAAGGAAAAUGUUACUGCUAAAAGAGAUCAAGGAUGUAAAUCAAACUGUGAAAAACUCCACUUUAAGUCAAUACCAUUGGCAGAAAAAUAUAUUUUUGUAAGCAAAGACCCAUGUUAUUUAUUGAAACAUAGAUCUUCUCUGAAAGGAAAUUUGGAAAAUCAGGAUAAUCAUAUGGACUGUACUACAAAUGAUGAUGCAAAACAUGAAUGUAUGCUUGGAUGAAACAUUCAUUCAAACAUUUAUGAGCACCAGAGGUUUCAAAAUGGGGGGAAACCCCCCCAAAGUGAUCAAAUCGGGAGAUCUAAUAGCAAGGGUUCAUCACUCUUCAACCAACAAAUAUUUCCUCAUUGUUCUAACAUCCCUAAUGUUGACACCAAUGGGGGGGUCUUGAUCCAACCAUCAUUAAUCAAUGGGUGUGAUAAUAUAGUUA